AUGGAUGCAAGUAUUGUUCCAAUGUCCCCUAUUUUGCUGAAUUCACUGCUUCACACACUCUGCACCACGAGUGAAUUCGAUGAAUCUGCUUUGAAAACUUUAUUACUUGCAUCUGGUAUCUUAAUUGCUGGUGGAACAGCUGCAUAUAUGCAAUCAAGGUUUAGAGUUAAUCAACCUGAUUUAUUUGGCCAUUGCAAUGGGCACAACAAUGAUAGAGAAGUCACAGAGGAGGAGGUUGGGAGGGGUGUUAAUGCAUCAAAAAAUAAACAAAAGAAAGGGUUGAAGUCACUCCAACUCCUUGCUUCAAUUCUACUAUCUGACAUGGGCAAAUUAGGUGCAAGGGAUCUUUUAGGUUUAGUUGCCAUAGCGGUGUUGCGAACUGCUUUGAGCAACAGGCUAGCUAAAGUGCAAGGCUUCCUAUUUCGUGCUGCUUUUCUUCGACAUGUAAGUAAAACAGAAGGUCAAAGUUCUGAUGAUCCUGAUGGCUAUUUUGUGGAUCUUGGGCGGCUCCUGCCCUGGACCAUUCGGGAUGCUUUUCCAGAUCUCCUUAACAUGGUGUAUUACAAAAUAUCACAUGUUGAUGGUCGGAUAACUAACCCAGAGCAAAGAAUUGCCAGUGAUGUGCCAAGGUUCUGUUCAGAGUUGAGUGAAAUUGUACAAGAUGAUCUCACAGCAGUUACUGAUGGACUUCUAUAUACUUGGCGUUUGUGUUCAUAUGCUAGCCCAAAAUAUGUCUUCUGGAUAUUGGCAUAUGUACUUGUAGCUGGUGCUGCAAUCAGAAACUUCUCUCCUUCAUUUGGAAAACUUAUGUCCAAAGAGCAGCAAUUGGAAGGAGAGUAUCGACAGCUUCACUCACGAUUGAGGACUCACUCAGAAAGCAUAGCAUUCUAUGGUGGAGAGAGGAAAGAAGAAGCUCAUAUUCAACAGAAGUUUAAAACCUUGGUCGGGCAUGUGCAUAGUGUGCUACAUGACCAUUGGUGGUUUGGCAUGAUUCAGGACUUAUUAUUGAAGUAUCUUGGUGCUACUGUUGCUGUUAUUUUGAUUAUUGAACCUUUCUUUUCUGGUCAUUUAAGGCCCGACAGUUCAACUUUAGGGCGUGCGGAGAUGUUAAGCAAUCUUAGAUAUCAUACUAGUGUCAUAAUCUCCUUAUUUCAGUCUCUAGGAACUCUUUCUAUCAGUGCAAGACGGCUCAAUCGUCUCAGUGGAUAUGCUGAUCGCAUUUAUGAAUUAAUGGCUGUAUCAAGGGACCUAAGUUUGGUGGAUGAGAAAUCCUCCCUUCAAAGAAAAGCAAGUAGAAAUUGCAUUAGUGAAGCUAACUACAUUGAAUUUGAUGGUGUCAGCGUUGUGACCCCCACUGGUAAUGUCUUGGUGGAUGAUCUGACUCUUAGGGUUGAAUCAGGAUCAAAUCUUUUGAUUACAGGUCCAAAUGGCAGUGGCAAAAGCUCUCUUUUCCGGGUUCUAGGUGGCCUUUGGCCGUUGAUAUCUGGACAUAUUGUGAAACCUGGAAUUGGCUCUGAUCUUAAUAAGGAAAUUUUCUAUGUGCCCCAAAGGCCAUAUACUGCUGUAGGAACACUUCGAGAUCAGUUGAUUUAUCCUCUUACUACAGAUCAAGAGGUCAAAUCACUCACAGAUCAUGGGAUGGUGGAGCUGCUAAAAAAUGUUGACCUUGAAUACCUAUUGGAUCGUUACCCUCCUGAAAAGGAGGUAAACUGGGGUGAGGAACUUUCAUUGGGUGAGCAACAGAGAUUGGGCAUGGCAAGACUUUUCUACCAUAAGCCUAAAUUUGCAAUUCUAGAUGAGUGCACAAGUGCUGUGACUACUGAUAUGGAAGAACGGUUUUGUGCUAAAGUUAGGGCAAUGGGAACAUCAUGCAUUACCAUAUCACAUCGUCCAGCAUUAGUUGCAUUUCAUGAUGUGGUUUUAUCCUUAGAUGGUGAAGGAGGAUGGAGUGUACAUUAUAAAAGAGAGGGCUCCUCUGCUGAAGUGGAGAUUAAUAAGCUGAAGGCAUCAGAAACAAAACGACAAAGUGAUGCAAAGACAGUUCAACGUGCAUUUACUGCUAGCAAAAGGGAUUCUACUUUCUCAAAUCCAAAGGCACAGUUGUAUUUUUCAGAGGUGAUAUCAUCAUCUCCAUCUAUGAAUCAUACAAAUUCACCAUCUGUUGUUCCCCAACUCCGUUGUAAUACAAGGAUAUUGCCGCUGAGAGUAGCUGCCAUGUGCAAAGUAUUGUAUGAGAUUACUCCGUUUUGGCACCUCAAAUUAGAGGUUGUGAAUAAGGUUACUUAUAUCUGGUUUGAGUUAAAAUAUUUGAUCAACAGUGGUGUUGAUAGGGACAAUGGUGGUAGUCGAUUGAGUGGUGGUCAGUGA